AUAAGAUAUUUACAAAAAAAAUAAAAAAGAAACGGAGAAAGAAAAAAUCGGUUUUGGCUUUCACACGAAGGAAACAGUUAACACAAAGAAGCUUCUCAGUUCGUGCAUACUCAGAUCGGCUAGGGUUAGGGUUCGUUGAUUCUCUUUGGGAUUACGGGAGCUAGAGAGAUCUCCUUGGUCGAUUAUUUAUCAGGCUUUCUUGUUCGUAUGGCGGAUCGCGGAUCUUUUGGAUUUAUUAGCCCUCCUCGAUUAGAUAUGGAGCAGUUGUUAUCGGAAGCUCAACACAGGUGGCUGAGGCCUGCUGAGAUUUGUGAGAUCCUUCGGAACUAUCACAAGUUUCAUAUUGCAACAGAGUCUCCCACUCGACCAGCCAGUGGUUCGCUCUUUCUUUUUGACAGGAAGGUGCUUAGAUACUUUAGGAAAGACGGACAUAACUGGAGGAAGAAGAAGGAUGGGAAAACGAUUAAAGAAGCUCAUGAGAAGCUCAAGGUAGGAAGCAUUGAUGUGCUACAUUGUUACUAUGCACAUGGGGAAGGCAACGAGAAUUUUCAGAGACGAUGCUACUGGAUGCUUGAAGUGUGA